AUGAGACCUAAUAACAGGGAAAUAACAACCACGUCGACCCCAUCACCAACCACGGCAACCCCAUCACCAACCACACAGACCUCAUCUUCAACCACGUCGACCCCAUCACCAACCACGUCGACUUCAUCGUCAACCACGUCGACCCCAUCACCAACCACGGCAACCCCAUCACCAACCACGUCGACUUCAUCGUCAACCACGUCGACCUAUCUCCAACCACGUCGACCUCUCUCCAACCACGUCGACUUCAUCGUCAACCUCUCACACACAAACAACGACAACCACCACAAGAACUGCCCUGACAUCCCCAAACGACAUGUGGACGACGUCUUCCCAAACAAUCUCAGGUGUAAUUACGACGGCAAUGACAGCUACGAUCGUUACAAUUUCCGACAUUAA